UAGUUGCACUGCCACAAACGGUAUCACUAGAAAAGCCGCAGUUUUUUCUGUAAAUUUUGUUUUCUUAAAAAUUACUAACUAAAUACAAUAAAAAUAUGGCUAAGCAUCAUCCUGAUUUGAUUUUCUGCCGUAAACAGCCCGGCGUGGCCAUUGGACGCCUUUGCGAAAAGGACGAUGGAAAAUGCGUGAUCUGCGACUCCUAUGUACGUCCUUGUACCCUGGUGCGAAUCUGCGACGAAUGUAACUAUGGAUCCUAUCAGGGAAGGUGCGUCAUCUGCGGAGGACCCGGUGUGUCCGAUGCCUACUACUGCAAAUCCUGCACCAUACAAGAGAAGGAUCGUGACGGCUGUCCCAAGAUCGUGAACCUGGGAUGCUCCAAGACUGACUUGUUCUACGAACGCAAGAAAUAUGGCUUCAAACAGAAGUAA